CCUUACCGGCGCGCUGCACACGCUACUCCUGGACGACUCCAUCGCCUGCGGCUCCGUCCACGUUGACCAUCACCACAACCGCCCACGAGAUCCUGACCGGCCGAAUCCCCCCGAAUCGAGGUUUCCGUCUGCCGCAACGUCGGAGCACCGACUCUGUUCAGCACACGGCCCUGCAUUUGUGUCCAUUGCAGGACAGACAAGCUGUCUCGACCACUGCCGCAAUGUCAGGCCUCAUCAGCAAGCGGCAGCAAGCGCGCAAUGAAAAGGUCCUCCAAGACCUCGUACACAGCGUGCCUGGCAACAAUGUCUGCGCCGAUUGCGGUGUCAGGAACCCUUCAUGGGCAUCAUGGAAUUUGGGCAUAUUCUUGUGUAUGCGGUGCGCCGCGAUCCACCGCAAGCUCGGCACACACAUCAGCAAGGUCAAAUCGCUGAGCAUGGAUAGCUGGACAAACGAGCAGGUCGAGAACAUGAAGAAGACCGGCAACGCGGCGUCCAACAAGCAGUACAACCCAAAGAACAAGAAGCCGCCAGUGCCUGUUGAUGCAGAUGAGGCCGAUGGCGCCAUGGAGCGCUUUAUUCGGGCCAAGUAUGCGCAGACCUCCUCGCCUGGUGGUGCCACGCGCCGCAACGGCGCCGGCAGGAGCGACGACUCGGAUGAGGGUACGCCGCCGCCCCUUCCGCCAAAGACCGGCGGCCGCUUCGGUUUCGCCAAGUCAAACUCGUCCACCUUCCCCAUCUCGUUCCGGUCCUCGAAGAAGGAAUCUCGUUCGGGACCUUCGAGCCCACACGGCUUCUCAUCCGAGAGAAGCCCGAACCACCUGAGCAACAAGCCUUCCAAAGUGUUUGGUGCCAAUGUCGGAGCGGAGACGCCAGAAGCGACGGCCGCGAAGCUGGCACAGCUGCGGGACAUGGGUUUCAUGGACGACAAGCGCAACGCCAUGAUUCUCAAGGGCGUGAACGGCAGCGUGGAGAAGACGAUCGAGGCACUGGUCCGCUUGGGCGAGGGAGGAGGUCAUGGCUCUGUUCCACCCAAGGUGCCCUCGCGCGAGAGCUCGUUGCCGGCACCGAGGAGCCUCACGCCGCAACGAUCAUUCGACGUUUCGCCUGCCAUCACUGGGCAGAAGGCGCCUUCGGCGCAAAGCCCGUCAGCUGUCAAUAACAACCCAUGGGACAUCCAGCCGGCCCAGCCUCAGUCCUCACAGUCCACCGGAACGAUACCGAACAACAGCAACCCUUUCUAUACAAACACUGUUGUCAACACCAAUGACCCCUUUGGAUUGGGCGACGUUGGAGGCCAGCAGCAUUUGACACACUCCAUGCAGAAUCUGUCCCUGGCGCCACCAACCCAACAAGCCUUAUUUCCUCACCACACAGGAGGCGUGCCUGGUCCUCAAGCUACAGGAGCGGCGAUGAUGCAACAGCCAAUGACCGCACCGAUAUCGCAGAUGCAGAACUUCUCAUCCAACCUGCACCCGCAGCAGGGCUACAACCCAUUCUUGCAAUCAGCAUCUACCCAGCAAGCGCAGUCGUUAGCCCUCAACACAUCUCCUUUCCAGACGCAAAGCCAGAGCCAACCCCAAAGUCCAGCUUCCUAUGCUGGCAAUCCAUUCUUGAGAUCUCCUGCGACGAUGACAUCGCCGUUGAACCAGAUUCCGGAACAGUCACAGCAGAACAUCUACACAUCACCACAAUCUCCGUAUGGUAACAACCCAUUCAUGUCGGCCACAUCGCCAUUCGCACAGGGUCCCGGUGCCGCGCAGCAGCAGCAGCAUAAUCCCUUCCAGGCCGCGCAAGCUCAAAACCCCUUCCAGUCACAAGCCGCUCAGCAAAACCCUUUCCAGACUACUUUGCAGCAGCAGUCCUCGCCACAGCAACCGCAGAACCCGUGGCAGACCCAAGGGACUCAUCAAACGCAGCAACAAAACCCGUACCAGGCACAGCAGAACUACUACCAGCCACAACAGCAGCAGCAGCAGCAGCAACAGUAUGGCCAACCACAAAUGGCAGGCUCUUACCAACCGCAGGUGGACAAGGCCAGCAUCAUGGCCCUCUUUGGCUCCACGAACCAAAACACAUCACCAUUUGCCCAACAGAUGCCCCAACAGCAACAGCAACAAGCUCAGCAGCAAGCUCAGCAGCAGCCGCAGCAGCCUCAUGUGCCUCAGCGAAGCGUAUCCGUGCCCCUGACAUCAUCGGCUUCGUCGAACCCUUUUAUGGGUGGUGGACUCGCCGCCAAGGCCGGCAUGGGAACUACAGGUGUAGCUGGGUCCACAGCUGCACCAGGCCCGAGUGCUCCUCUCCCAACGACGAUUGGCACGGGUGUAGGCAGCGGCCGGAGCCGGGAGAGCAUGAUGGUUGAGAUGGGCUGGGCGAAUGGGCGGCACAGCCCUGACGCAUUUGCGAGCUUCAGCGCCAGAAGCUGAUGUGGUCAUUUUCAGCUAAGCAUAAUCUCGCACAGGUCGCAAUGCUUGAACUAGGGUAGAUUUUGGGACAGGAAACACAAGUUGU